GGCGGAGGCCGGAAGUGGCGGUUGGUGGCGUCGGGGGCCCGCCAUGGUGUGCGAGAAGUGUGAGAAGAAGCUCGGUACGGUGAUCACUCCCGAUACGUGGAAAGAUGGCGCGAGAAACACUACAGAAAGCGGUGGCCGCAAGUUAAAUGAAAACAAGGCAUUGACCUCAAAGAAGGCAAGGUUUGAUCCUUAUGGAAAGAACAAAUUUGCAAUAUGUCGGAUUUGUAAGAGUUCUGUCCAUCAGCCAGGGUCUCACUAUUGUCAAGGAUGUGCCUAUAAAAAAGGCAUCUGCUCAAUGUGUGGCAAGAAGGUCUUGGAUACGAAGAACUACAAGCAAACUUCUGUCUAAUUGUAUUGACUAAUCUUAUGAACUUCUGUGUCUUUGUACAGUAGCUUUUCUCUAAAAUAAAUUGUGAAUAUUACUUCAUGGAAGAUAGUAGAUUUACUUGGAAUGAGAUAAGAGGUAAAGACAGCCUUAUUGUUUGCCUAGAAAUGUACAGAAUAUUUGAUUUUUGUUGUUUUAGCACUGAUGUUAACUGAUAUUUAAAGAAAAUGGUUUGCAGGAACUGAUAAAGUUCGAAGUGAAUGAGGAGAUCCUAGUGGAUAGGUUGAAGCUAUGUUACCAUCCAUGCCGUUCUCCACACCAUCAUAACAUGGAUCUUUGAGAUUAAUUCUGUAUUCUUUUGCUGUAUCUUGAGUCUCCUGCUUGUAUGAUAGUAAUAUUUUAUAAAUGUAUAAAAUAUGAUCUUGUAUCGCCUCAUUAAAGUAGUAUCUUCAUUUAGUUCUAUGCUUUUUAGGUAUUUAUAAUUAUGCUAACCAAAAACUAUUACUUUGUCCCCUCUAAGAAUUCAGCUCUUCAGCUUUUAAUGCAAUUAUCCUGUUGAAUUUUGUUUCUGCCUACAGUACAGUUGUUUAAAUCACAAAUUGUUCAAGUACUGGAAUUAGUAUAUUACUCUGCCUGUUCUUAUUGUGGCAGUAAGACUGACUAGCUAUUUCCUUAUUAGCCUCUAAGGAGGUUUUUUGUAUGUCAUCUGGUGGCCUAAGGGAAUAAAAUAAUGAGCAUCAAUUUCUAAUGCCAUGUCUCAAUCUCGUAAGUCCCUAAGUUAGUCUGGCUUUUAAAUACUUGGUUUGAAACUGGUUCUUGAAUUCUAUUAUAUAUAUUGCUUAUAUGCGUGUCAAGUCUGAAAGAUCAAAACAGGUUACCUUAAGCGUUGGUUUGAUAUGAGACUUGAAGUGAGCCUCUCUGAAUAUGAGAGGCUGAUCACAGCUCUGCAUUUCUUUGGUCCUUUGGUUAGUUUCUGCACAGGAAAGCAGUUUCUGUUAUGGAGAGUGUAAGUGUUCACUGUACAUUUUAAGGGAAACGAACUGUACUCUUAAUUCAUGGUGGGGUUUAACUAGACCUAUUUAGAUGUUUACUCCUCCUAGCAUCUCUUAUGCCUUUGCAACUUUAUUUCAACUGUAACAGAAAAACUUAUCAAUGGGAAUUUCCCUGUGAAUAGAUGCUCUCUUUUAGGUUUCCUUUUGUUCUCAGAUCUCUUACUGAGACAACUGCAUAACUAAUGGAGUCCAGAAAAAUGGCUGUUCUUUCUGGGAAUAUAGUUAAUCUCUUAGCUCCUCCAUGCUGUGGUUGCACUCUAAGUAGCCCUCUAAAAGGGGUUGCCUGACCUUUCCUGUCGCCCUUAAAUAUCCGUUAUUAAGCAUUUGUCACAAAAAUUUCUUUUUCCAGAUGUGCUAACAUCUUGCAGGUGCUAAAACUAGUUAUUUCCAGCAUGUUUUAUUUACUAAGAACCUGUGUCAAGAUAGUGGAAUGAGCUGGAUACCCCAAAAGAAGAGAGAAAUGCUGCUGCUUUUUGUGUUAAGAGCUUCACCUACCUUAAUGAUUGGAUGGAGCAAUGUGGAUUAGCUAGCUGGUGAUAGGUGGCAGCCUGCACAUUUUUUUCCUUAUGGUGGUGGCCACUUGUUUCCAAGCACAUCAAGGAAUUAUAUUAUGAGUGUACAACUCUAUGGCACAUCCUUUGUGUUGAUGAAAGAAAAUGUCUGUAAUUGGCUACAAGUUUUGCAGCAGGUGGUUGUCAGCAAUGUGUAGUGAUUUCAGGUGGCAGAUUUUCCGGUACUCUGAAGGCUUCACCCUUUGUUGGGUGUGUUCUACAAGACUGAUUAAUUUUUGCUAUUCUGUAAAUAAAACUUGUUUUCUUGCCUUCCUAAA